CAUGUCCAAAUAGGUCAUGGCACCAAAAGUUCGACAUGGUGAUGGUGCCAGACGCGCCCAGUCCGAGGCCCAAAACGAAGCUGCAAUUUACAGGUCCCUUGCAGGGCAAAUUACGGCCCGGUUUAGCGCUGUCCAUCACAGUUUCCCGCUGGAAUCGACCCCUUUUUGCCCGCCACAGCGCUCUCGAUCCAGCGGCGGCGGCUGCAGUACUAGAACCAUGGCAGAACCCCGCCCCCACAAGCUUGCGACUGCAACUGUAGCUUCUCCUGUGAUGCUCCACAGCCAUCCUGCCAGUGCUCUGUCUGUCCCAUCGUAACGGCUGAUGCAUCUUGUACCAGCAUCAGCAUCAACCCCUCUGCC